GGCCGAUUUAGCCAGACGAUCUGGGGCUGCCAGUCAUUUUCGGUGAAAGAAGCACUCCCGACGGUUGUUACGCCGAAAACGUGGAUUUGGAAGAAGCCUUUUCGGUCGGUUCGAAGGCGCGAGGCUUCCGGUAGGACCGGCUCGCGAACCUCUUUCACUUGUCUAUUCGUUGCUGCCGAAGUAGUUGCGUGA